GGAGCAUGUGACCAGUGACGUCACAGAUCUUCUAGCAACUCCGUUCUAGUCACUGCCUGAGAGGUUCCUACAAUAUAGGAUCCGCUCAGCGUAUAUCUCCUAUAUAAGAUCAUUCUCCUGAUUGACCCAUCAAGGAUGGAUAGGGAUGGGGACAAGAUGGCAGAGAGUAUAAUAAAUCUCACCCUAGAGAUCCUCCUCCGGCUUACUGGAGAGGAAUACAUAGUAAUGAAGAAGACCUCUAGUGAGCAUUGUCAGGCCCCGGUAUCUGAAGGACGGGGAGGAAUCCUGAGCCCAAUAUCCAGGCCGACACCUCCCAUCCCGAUACAUGAGAAAGUCAACAGAGAGAGGAUCCUAGAGCUCACCAACAAGAUCAUUGAGCUUCUCACUGGAGAGGUUCCUAUAAGGUGUCAGGAUGUCGCCGUCUAUUUCUCCAUGGAGGAGUCUGAGUAUUUAGAAGAAUACAAAGAUCUGUACAAGAACGUCAUGAUAAAGGAUCACCAGCCACCAAUUGAAGAAGAGAAAACAACUCCCAGUCCUCUUCCUCUACAGGAUGAGAGAUGUCCUAGUCCUCUUCUUCUACAGGAUGGUUCAGAAGAACAUAAAAGCAUUCCAUAUGAUGAUCAGAUAGAUGGAAAUAAGCUUUUAAAUCAGGGUAAAGAUCUGAACAAUAUUAAGGCUGAAGAUACAUAUGUGAGGGGCGAUGAGCAGAUCAUAGAGGACAUUCCCACCGAUAACCACCCAGAUGACUGUACCAGGAUCUCAGAGAAACAUGUGAUGUCAGAUUUUAGAACAGAUGAUUGUGGUGUCAGAGAAGAUACACAUGAUGAGCAUGCCAUUAUCUCAGACCUAUCCUCAGCCUUUCAGAACAAAGAUCUAUCAUCUGAUCCUCUGGAUGGAUUUCAAUCUCCUGAUUCAUCACAGACUGUUAUGCAAAAUAAAAGGCACAUAAGAAGUGUUCAACAUCAAAGAAGUCAUACAGGGGAGAAUGCUCUUUCAUGCUCAGAAUGUGGGAAAUGUUGUAAAUCUAAAUCAUAUCUUAUGAGACAUCAGAGAACUCACACAGGGGAGAAGCCAUUUUCAUGUUCAGAAUGUGAAAAACAUUUUAACUCUAAAUCAAAUCUUGUUAGACAUGAGAGAACUCACACAGGGGAGAAGCCAUUUUCAUGUUCAGAAUGUGAAAAACAUUUUAACUCUAAAUCAGAUCUUAUUAUACAUCAGAGAACUCACACAGGGGAGAAGCCAUUUUCAUGUUCAGAAUGUCAAAAACAUUUUAACUCUAAAUCAGAUCUUAUUAGACAUCAGAGAACGCACACAGGUGUAAAGCCAUUUUCAUGUUCAGAAUGUGAAAAAUAUUUUAACCGUAAAUCACAUCUUGUCAGACAUAAGAGAAUUCACACAGGGGAGAAACCAUUUUCAUGUUCAGAAUGUGAAAAACAUUUUAACUCUGAAACACAUCUUGUUAUGCAUAAGAGAACUCACACAGGGGAGAAGCCAUUUUCAUGUUCAGAAUGUGGGAAAUGUUUUCAGCAGAAAUCACAACUUCUUAAACAUCAGAGAAUUCACACAGGGGCAAAGCCAUUUUCUUGUUUAGAAUGUGGGAAAUGUUUCACUGAUAAAUCAACUCUUGUUAAACAUCAGGCAAUUCACACAGGGGAAAAGCCAUUUUCUUGUUUAGAAUGUGGGAAAUGUUUUACUCGUAAAUCAACUCUUGUUAAACAUCAGAGAAGGCACACAGGGGAGAAGCCAUUUUCUUGUUUAGAAUGUGGGAAAUGUUUUAUUCGUAAAUCAAUUCUUGUAAUACAUGAGAGAACUCACACAGGGGUGAAGCCAUUUUCUUGUUUAGAAUGUGAGAAAUCUUUCAUAAAUAGAUCAAAUCUAGUUGCACAUCAGAGAAUUCACACAGGGGAGAAGCCAUUUUCUUGUUUAGAAUGUGGGAAAUCUUUCCAACAGAAAUCAAAUCUUACUAUACAUCAGAGAAUUCACACAGAGGAAAAGCCAUUUUCUUGUUUACAAUGUGGGAAAUCUUACACAUACAAAUCAUGUCUUGUUGUACAUGAGAGAAGUCACACAGGGGAGAAGCCAUUUUUUUGUUUACAAUGUGGGAAAUCUUUCAUACAGAAAUCAAAUCUUGUUAAACAUCAGAGAAUUCACACUGGAAAGAAGCAAUUUUAAUGUUCAGAAUGUGGUAACUAGAGAUGAGCAAACUUUUUGAAAAAUUAAAUUCUGCAGCUUGGUCAUAGUUCAACAAGAAAUUUGAUUUGUUCCGAAUUAAUUUGUCACGAAUUACUAUUUUAAAACCCCAUUCAGCCUAUCAAUGAGACCAUUUUUAAUGCCCCCUUAGACCGAAGUGCACCCGUCUAGCAGCCAUUAAAAUCACCUCAUCCAUUUGCUCACACAGGGGCUCCUCUCUUGAUUGAAAAAGACCUGCUGAAGGACCUGUGCUUAGUUUGAUGACUUCACCACGUGAUCAUGCUGGGAGAGCACGGUGAUAUCAUCACAUUGAGUGCAGGUCCUUCGACAGGUCUUUUUUAGUUGAGAGGAGCGGACUGCCUCUGUGCGAGCAAGUGGAUUAGGAAAAAUGAUUCGUAAUCAUGAAGCCCAAGGAAAUUUGGCUUCAUUUAAAAUCAAAUUUUUCCUAAAAUUCAGACUAAAUUCCACUUUGAAUGGUUCGCUUUUUUGAACACUAGUGAUAACCAUAAAGCAGAUCUUGUUAGACAUCGGAGAAUCCACACGGGGAGAAAUUAUUUUCAUGUUCUACAAAGGGAUUUUAAAAUUUUUUGUCAACUUGCAUUACAAGUUGUCGUUUUUAUGGUGCCAUUUUGGGGUACACACGACCUCCUAAUUAACUUAUUUUAAUUCUUUCUGGGAGAAAGAUGGGGAAAAACAUCAAUACUGUUUAUACGCUAUAAAAUUUGCAGCGUUUAUUUUUUGCCACAAAUGACUUAAGUUUUACUACAUAUAGAAAUUUAAAGGACAACUGAUUAUGCAGGUUAGGCUCAUGGAACACUGAUAAUCACGCCAUCCGCUGCUCACCAAUGUACCUCUUGCUAUCCUACUCUCUGGGGGUUUGGUUCCUUUUCUGCACUGGCUCCUUUUGUUCCUUAUAUAGGUUACGGACAGCAUAACUAGAUUAUCAGUUAAAUCCAUGAUUUUGUACCAUGAGCCUAACCUGUAUAAUCAAUUGUCCUUUAUAUUUUUUUAUGCCUCCAUGCCUAUAUGUAAUAGUGCUAGUUUUACAGAAUAUCCUUAUAAGCCAUAUAGUACCACUAUCUCUGAUGCAAUCUUAUCUCAUCCAUACUUACCUAGUUCUAUUUUUUGGACUUCACAGACUUCUAUUUUCAGUCUCUCAAUCACCAUUUCGGAUUGCUAAUCAUGUACCUUUAUUGUUUAUCGUAAUUAUGUACCCAAUUAUUUAUAUUGCCAUGUUCUUUUGUCCAGGCCAUGAACAAGGUGUAUGUUGGACCGAAACGUUGGCCAGUGACUAUUUAUGCGGAUGGAUUAAAAUAAUGAAAUAAAAAUAAUGAAAUAAAUAAGAAAUCAGUUACAAAAUUUCUUCAGUGCCGUGGUAUCCUAUCAAUACUGUUACCCCCUUUACCACUGAGCUCCGCCUAUCUCCUAGAGGAGUGCCGUUCAAUUCUUUUGUUCACAUGAUUCCCUUAGACUUUAUAUAACUGUGUCAAACAUAUUGUUACCAUUUAUUAAUAAAUAUCUGCAUUUUGG